AUGCAUGUGGAAGACGCACGCGAGCUGCCGUGCGGCGUGCUCGAGGGCCUGCGCCAGGUGGCCCCGGCCAAUGGCUACCUGACCUUCGAGCGUUUCGUAGCGGGCUUGCGCACCUCGCUGCUGAAAGCCGAUGGCGGCCCGCGGGAUCAGGCACGCGUCGCGGCCCGGCCUGGGGACCAGUCGUCCCUGCAGCAGCGCCUGAUGUUCGCACCGGCCGAUGAGCCGCGGACUGUCCUGGAGAGGAAGCCUCUGCCUCUGAGUGCGUGCCCUGCUUCUGGUGGCCCCAGUGGCACCUCCCGGAACCCUGAGCUGUUAUGUGUCCCAGUGGAGGCGGCGUCCUGCCCCACAGAGCCCGAGCGGCCCCUGAGCAAGGCGCUGGAGCAAAUCCCCAGCGCGGAUUUAGGCUCUUCUCAGUGUGACACCCUGCAGAGACAACCCGGCCUGCUUCUCCACCCAGGAGGCAGAGGAGGCAGCACAGGAGCACCUGGCACAAGUGCUGAAGAAGGUGCAGCAGCCUGUAAGACCCUGGGCAAGGGCACAGGUGAAGCCCGGCAGGCUCCACGGGCCCGAGGCGAGCGCCGAAGGCAUACCAUCACCAAUGGUGUGGACUGCAGCCUGUUGAAGCAGAUGAAGGAGUUAGACCAGGAACAAGAGGUGCUUCUGCAGGGCCUGGAGAUGAUGGCACGGGGCCGAGACUGGUACCAGCAGCAGCUGCAGCGUGUGCAGGAAUGUCAGCGCCGCCUGAGCCAGAGCAGAGCUGCUGCAGACUUUGGGGCUGAAGGAAGCCCCCGCCCACUGGGGAGGUUGCUGCCCAAAGUACAGGAGGUGGCCCGGUGCCUGGGGGAGCUGUUGACUGCAGCCUGCUCUGGCAGAGCUCUGCCUUCGUCCUCUUUAGGGCCCCUGGGCCCUCCCUCACCCUCAACUCCAGUCUGGCAGCAACAGACCAUCCUCAUGCUGAAAGAACAAAACCGGCUUCUCACUCAGGAGGUGACUGAUAAGAGUGAGCGCAUCACGCAGCUGGAGCAGGAGAAGUCUGCACUCAUCAAGCAGCUGUUUGAGGCCCGAGCGCUCAGCCAGCAGGAUUCGGGACCUCUGGACUCCACUUUCAUCUAGUUGGUUGUACCUCUCUAGGACAAGUGCACACAGACUUAGCUUCAGCUCCAUGACACUGCCGGGAGCCUGUCUUCUGACUGAAGACCACCAGGGCUUAGACCUCAGAGCCCUCAAGGAGGCAGCUGCCUCCAGACUUGGGUGCUGCUAGAGAUGUACUCUGCCGGAAGCUGCCACUUGCCACUGUCAGUGGGUGGCGGAGGAUCAUCCUCAUAUUUACCUGAUUUCAGGCAGCCCUUACAGAGAAGGGGGCAUGUUUACAUCUGUCCUGAUCCCUCCGGCAGGGAUUCCUGGGAUCACUGGUGUUUAGUAAAAAGUACUGGUCACACUGGGCUGUAUUUCUCAUAAUGCCCAGCAGGGGCCGCUAGUUGAGCUUAGUUCCUCUGCCCUGUCUCACCAUGGUAUUAUUACUGAGUGAGUGAGCAAAUAGAUUUUUGAGCUGAGGGUGGGCUAGGAGGCCCAGAGACUAGGAGGUUAGGGGUUCCUUCUGUCCACCAGGGGCACUAUAGAAAGGUGGUUCUGGCUCAGAUAGGAGCAGAAGGGAGACAUGGAAUGGGAGCAGGAUGGGGCUAUCUAAUAGAGGGCUCUAUGCCUGUUGGAAGAGCCACAAAGUCAGGGGUUGUGUGUAACAGGCUGAGAAGAAAAAUCUGGCUGCAGCUGGACCAGGCUAGUGUGGUUCCUAGAAGGAAGCCAAUAACUUGGUUUACCCACCUUACCAAAACUAACUGUCUGGGGAAAGAUGGCAUCAAGUUAGCUCAGGUUGUGGCCAUCCCCCUAAGGAGGUCCUAUCCCCGCAAAUAGAUAAGUUUGGGCCUCCCAGCCAAGUCAUGCAGUACACUGUGGGCAGAAUACAUCAUUUAUUAUUAUUUAUUUUAAAGACAGAGUUUCUCUGUGUAGCCCUGACUGUCCUGGAACUCUCUCUGUAGAGCAGGCUGGUCUCAAACUCUCAGAGAUCUGCCUCUCUGGUACUGGGAUUAAAGGCGUGUGCCACCACACCCAGCACGUCUGCAUCUUUUAAUGCCCUACUUGGCUCGGCAGUGCCAUCGUUGACUUAUCCACAGGAAAGCAACCCAGGCGGAUGGGAAGAAGCUGAGCCUGAGAAUGUGACUCUUUCUCUGCUUAUGCCUCCCAUUGGCAGCUUGGGUGGGCACAGAUUGGGUGAGGAGAACCUAUUUAGCCUGUUCUGGUGGAGCACUGAGUCAUCACAGGUGAGUUCUGUGGCCUGAAGACUCCACUGUGGAAUAUGAACCCAUUGUGUUUGGCUAGCAAAGGGACCUGAUGAAGUACAAGUUAGUCCAACACCCAGACCAUCUUCUUCAGGAACUGGAGUGGUUUCUGGGCAUGGAAGAAAGCUAGUUCUAAAAGGUGGUUGUAUUCUGCAAGCUCAGUUUACCCAGGUGGACUUGCCUUAGACCAGUGCCUCUAGAGACAGGUCUCCAUGGCAACAGGUUGGGUCUGCCCCUCCACCCCCAUGGCCUUUUUUGUGUUCCUUGUUUUACCUCUGUACCCUUCCAUUCCAUGGCUUGGCACUCCUGUCCCUCAGGUCCUAGAGACACUUGGCUAGUCUCCAGACUGGGGCUGACUCUGCCUAUCCCAUAGAGAUAGGUCUCAGCAAGGUCUAGGCCUUGCCAGGCUCUUCAGAUGGCCAGGCCACCUCAGAUUCACAGCUUCACGUACUUGGCUUUGCCCAAGCUAGCUAUUCCAUCUACAAAAUAGAAUCCUUUCUCUGC